AUGUUGGUUGAUGAACCAGAAGUUGAUGAGACAGAAGCUAAUGUUGAAAAAGAUCAAGAUCCAUUAACUCCUGAAACUGAGCAGUUGUUGAAAGAUAUUGAUGAUACUUUAGAAGCUGAGAAAGCAGCUAGUAAGAAAGCAGUUGAUUUUGAAGAAAAGAGUUCAUCUGGUGCAGAAGGUGAUACGGAUGAUGAAGUUGAUCGUUGGAUCAAAGAAAACUAUGAUCCGAAAGAUAGAGAGAAACAAAAGAAGAGAAAGAGGAGUUCAGAUCCACCAGAAGAUGUUCAGAAAGUGGAUGAGGUGAUAAGUGAGAAAAAGAAGUUAGAAGAACGUGUCAAGUCUGUUGAAUCUGAGAAUUCAUCUUUAUUGAAAAAGAUUGAAGCUGAUCAAGCCGACAUAGAUAUUCUGAAAGUUCGAAUAGCUGAAUUGGAAGAAGAAAAGUCUCGAAGGGAUGAGCAGAAUGAAUACUUUAAGUUGAAAAAUAAAGAGUUAGAAGCCAAGAAUGCUAACAAGGAACAUGAAGAAUAUAUGUUAAAGAAAUUUUUGGAAGAUUUGAUCGGAAAGACAAUUGAACAAAGGUUUGAAGAGAUAGAACUUGCGGAAGUUAGAGCAAGACAUGAAGCCGAAAUGGAAGCUGGAAUGAAAGAUAAGGGUAAAGGUGUUCCAGUUGAAGAUGAUGUUCAAGUAACUGAAAGAGAAAUUGUUCUGACUGAGCCGACAAAAGUUCCAGAAUCGUCUAUUCUAGAUCCUUGUCCAAUAACUUCAGUAUCUGGUGAGAUUAACGACAAUGAUGAAGAUGAUGAAGAAGAUGAAGAAGACGAAGAUGAUAAUCUGAAAGAUGAUGCAGUUGAAGUAUAUUCUGUUCAUAGCGAUGAUGAUGAUGAUGAUGAUGGAAAUGAUGAUGCUGAUCAAGGUAAUUCUGGUAUAAAAGUAACUGAAGCGUUACAAGAAGAGAAUAUUGACGAGUAUCUUCAAGAUGAUGCAAAUGAGGAACCAGAAAAUGCAGGAGGAAAGGGGGAGCAUGGUGAUGCUGAAAAUGUUGAUGAGAUUAUUGAUCAGAGGGCAGGUUUGAUUCUACGUCUUGAACAUGAUGUAGAGGAAGGUGAGAUUUUGCACACUUAUACUAGAGCUGAGAUCAUUAAGAUGAUGCAUAUUGAUGAAAGUGAGUUUAACUUUGAUUUUGAAAAGGAGUUGAACGAAUUUGACAUCAAUCAUCAACCUGAAUAUCAGUACAAGUACGUUGAAGAAGCUGAUAAUUAUGAUAAAGUGGAAGUAGAAGACUGGAGCGAUGAUGAUCAGAAUGAGAAUGUUAAUGUUGAUACUUCUAGCUUUCCAACUCUUGCUGAGUUUUUCAGUCAAGCAAAUGAGGAUGAGCUGAGAAGAAAAGUUGCUGAAAGUGUUAAAAGUAAGAGUUUUAAAGAAAUGUCAAAAGAAGAACAACUUGAAGAAAGAAAGAAGUGGUCCAGGAAGGAUACAUAUAGAAAAUACAAAAGACCACUGAAGUAUUACAAGAGGGAUAGAGAUGUUUCUCUGGGUGAUAUCAUAAGUUGGGGUUAUCUGCCACAAGUCAACGCGUAUGCUAUUAGAAGAGAAUUUGGCAUUCAGUAUUUCUAG